AUGUCUCCCACAGCACUAAGAAACGAUGCGGUCAGCAUUGUCGACAUUCGUCAAGAUGAUAUAGACUUCUCUCUUGCGGAUGACAUCUACCAAAACCUUGAGCCGAGCGAUGGCACGCCUCGCUCGUUCCCAACCCUGCUGCUAUACGACGCCCAAGGACUCAAGCUGUUUGAGAAGAUUACCUACCUAGACGAAUACUAUCUUACAAACGCCGAGAUUGAGGUCUUGACAGCACAUGCCAAGAGGAUCGUGGAGCGCAUUCCGGAGGAUGCACAAUUAGUGGAGCUUGGUAGUGGGUCUGUUGUCCUUACAACUCCAGAUCCGAUGGCCGCGACAACUCUCGUGAUCCAUAAUCUUCGCAAGAUCGAGAUUCUGCUGCGGGAGUGUGAGCGAGCAGAGAAGCGAGUGGACUAUUAUGCCCUGGAUUUAUCCUUGGUGGAACUGCGGCGAACAUUUUCUGAAAUCUCUCCCCAGAGCUUUACGUAUGUUGGUUUUCAUGGCCUCCAUGGCACUUAUGACGAUGCUCUUGCGUGGUUGCAGAAUCCGGAAAAUCGCACAACCCCAACAGUGGUCAUGUCUAUGGGCUCGUCCAUCGGGAACUUUGAUCGCUCUGGGGCUGCAGAAUUCCUUGGCAGCUUUUCCAGAGUUCUCGGGCCAUCUGACAUGCUUUUGAUUGGACUGGAUGCUUGUAAGGAUCCGGCGAAAGUUUACAAGGCUUACAAUGACUCCCAAGGCACAACUUUGCAGUUCUAUAAAAAUGGAUUAGCCCAUGCAAACGCCGUCCUUGGGUUCGAAGCAUUCAAGCCAGACGUAUGGGAAGUUCUCACCGACUAUGACAUUCAUGAAGGACGACAUCAGGCAUGCUAUUCACCAAAGGUUGAUGUAAUCAUUGAAGAUAUUACAAUUCCCAGGGGCGAACGGCUCGUUUUUGAAGAAGCUUUCAAAUACGACCAAGAUGAGCGAGAUGCCUUGUUCCGUGGUGCUCGGUUGAUUCCUCAAGCAGAAUUUGGAAAUUCAACUAAUGACUACCAUGUUCAUCUCCUUUCAACUGCUGCACUACAUAUACCUACACAGCCAUCUCAGUAUGCGGCUCAUCCCGUUCCAAGCCUGAAUGACUUUCAGUCUCUUUGGACGGCAUGGGAUAUUGUAACUAAGACUAUGAUCCCCCGAGAAGAACUUCUCUCGAAACCGAUCAAGCUUCGCAAUGCAUUAAUAUUUUACCUUGGUCAUAUCCCAACAUUCUUCGAUAUUCACCUGACUCGAGCUUUGCGUGGCAAGCCCACUGAUCCAAAGUACUACCAGCAGAUCUUUGAGCGGGGCAUCGACCCCGACGUGGAAGAUCCGGAACAGUGCCAUGCCCACAGCGAAAUACCCGAUGAAUGGCCUCCUUUAGAUGAAAUCUCAGACUACCAAAAUCGGGUUCGAAAUAGAGCGCGGUCUAUUUUGCAAAGCAAUGAAGCCUUCGAAGAUCGCUGUCUUGGUGAAGCCCUUUGGAUAGGGUAUGAGCAUGAAGCAAUGCAUCUAGAGACCUUUCUCUAUAUGCUGCUUCAAAGCGAAAAAGCUCUUCCGCCCGUUGGCAUCGACAUUCCUGAUUUCCUAAAGAUAGCCCGAGACGCAAAGAGAAACGAGAAGCCAAAUACAUGGUUUCAUAUUCCGAAGCAGACCUUCACUGUCGGCCUGGAUGACUCCAAGGAUGAGAAUAUGCCCGCAUAUUCUUUUGGGUGGGACAACGAAAAGCCUAAGAGAGCUGUUGAGGUUCAUGAUUUUGAAGCUCAAGCCCGCCCUAUUACCAAUGGCGAAUAUGCCAAAUAUCUACAGGCAAACCGCCUGCAGACAUGGCCAGCUUCCUGGACUCGGGUUCACCCAGAUGACGAAUAUCCGAUUGCCAAGGGCAUCACUCAGUUAGGUGCAGGCGUAACCGAGGAUUUCGUGGAAAAAUUUGCAGUGCGAACAGUCUUCGGUCCAUUGCCUCUCGACCUGGCACAAGAUUGGCCACUGAUCGCUUCCUACGAUGAGCUGGCGGACUAUGCCAAAUGGAUGAAAUGCAGGCUCCCCACGUACGAGGAGGUCAGGAGCAUCUAUUUACACGCAGAUAAGCUAAAAGAUGAUCGCGCCGGGUGUUUCACGAAUGGGCAUCGUGACCAUCUCAACGGGACCUCCAACGGCGUCAAAUGCUCGACAAGCCGAGAGCGCAAAUCCCAUAUUGACGAACAUUCUGUAGGUUUCCAGCAUUUAAUCGGCUCAAAUAUUGGUUUUAAACACUGGCAUCCGGUCCCUGUCACUCCUCAUGGCGAUCGAUUAGCUGGUCAAGGAGAGCUGGGUGGAGUUUGGGAAUGGACCAGCACCCCUUUGAGGCCACAUGAGGGCUUCGAAGCAAUGGAAAUUUACCCAGGAUAUACUGCGGACUUCUUCGACGGAAAGCAUAACAUCAUCCAGGGCGGUUCGUGGGCGACCUUUCCCCGGAUUGCGGGGCGCACCACAUUUAUCAACUGGUACCAGCACAACUACUUGUACGCCUGGGCAGGGGCUCGCUUGGUGAGGGAUCUGUCUGUGUAG